AUGAGUGUGUGCAUGUCUGAGAGAAAAUUUUGCAAUUCUGAACUCUUACUUUAUUUCAGCACCACGUCUGGAAAUUCAGCAUCAAAUACACAACAAAGAAACACAAAACCGAAAGAGUCCCUGGAAACCGAACAGAUGGUGUUUACUUUGGCACGACUUGAGACCUUGGAGAUUUGCCUGAAGGAAGCAGAAGAAAAGGCUAAAGUCUUAUCUGAACAGCUUGCAGUCUCGGAAGGAACAAAAUCAAAGCUGCUUGAACAAGUUUCCUGGCUGGAGAAAAAGCUAGAAGCUCUGGACUAUAGGGAAGACAGUGGAGAACCAUACAAAAAAAUGGUUCUUGCCAAAGACCAGUGCAUUGAGAAAUUACAAGCUGAAGUAAAAGCUUCCCAGGAGCAACUUGCAGCCCAUAAACUAAAGCACAAAAGGAAACUGAAAAAGCUACUAACUGAUUUGGCAACAACUAAGCAAGAGGCUGCUAUCACAGUCCUGGAACUCAAUGAGAAGAUCAAGACUCUAUGUGAAGGAAAGCUAGCCCCUAGAGAAGACAGCUCACUGGAAGAGUCCUGUGGCGGUCUCCCACCUGUGGAAGAAGGUAACCGAAAAAUCAGCCUGAUUAUGGAGUUGUCGACUCAGGUUUCCCUUCAGAAUGAGAAGAUCACUCAGCUGGAAGAAGUUUUAGAGGAAAAGGAAAGGAAGAUUCAGCAGCUGGAAGCUGAGCGGGAGGCCCAUUGUUUCCCAGAGGUCAAGGACUCUCCAGAAUGUUUACAAGAAACCCCAAUUUUCUCUAAUAAUAAUGCCUCUCCUGUGGUCUAUGAUGAGGAUUUGUAA